AUGCCACCCACACCACGAAUUCUUCCACCGGAGCUGAUGUUGCCCAUCUUGGAGCUAGCAUGUAUCGAUGGAGGAUACACAGGCUCGUCACUUGCCCUCACAUCCCAUGAAAUGCGCGAACUAUCCAGACCAUCCCGCUUCCACUCCGUCCAGCUCUCGCUCACCUUCUCGCGCACCAAACUCGCGCUGCUCCUCCGCGCCUUCGAAGCACAACUCGCCUACUCCGCGGCAACCGGGAGCCCCGCCCCUCGGAUCCGCCACCUGCACGUCGCCGCGGCCUGCGCAAACCCCAGCCGGCCCUCCUCCAACGAGGUGCGAGACUACAAAGAGCAACUGGAAGCGCUCUUCACCCUCGCCGCCCCGCACCUGCACACGCUGUCGCUCGCCGGCGCCCCCGCCGCCGUGGGUAGCCUCCGCGCCUGGCCGCUCCCCGCCGCGCUCGGGACGACGACCGCGUUCCCGCACCUCCGCGAGCUCACCGUCGUCGGCGAGACCAAGCUCUCCUUCACGCCGCGGAUCACCAGGCGGGACGACGCGCCCGCCGCCGCCGAUGCUGAGUUCGCGCCCCUCCCCCGCCUCACGCACCUCCACGUCCCGGGUUACAACGGCACGGCGGACCUGGCGGCCUGGGCGCGGCGCGCGCCGGGGGUGACGCACCUGCGCGUGUCCGAGGUAGACAGGAGCGCGUCGUACGCGCUGUGCCCGGCCAUGUGCGCGAUGCUCGGUGCUGGGCCCAGCUCUUUUGCGGACUGGAGGCGGAACGCGGGCGCGGCGCCCGUGUUCGCCCACCUGCGCGCGUUCCUCCUGCAGCCGAGCGCGAGGGGGAUCGGGUGGCUCCGCGGGCCCGGGUGUGGGUUCGGGUCGGACUCCAUGGGCAUAGAGCGCGAGUUCGGGGAGGAGCUGCAAGAUAUGCACGCGAGGGCCUCCCGCUCUUGGUGUUUGGUUCCAUCCCGGCCGUACUCGAGGGGACCCAACGGCCAAGAAUAUAUCCUCGACGAAGUGUUACGUGCUUGGAGGGAGCGGCUGGAGGGUGGACCCGGGUUCUGGAAGACUGAGACGUCGUGGUGGUCCCGGGGUGAGGAGGGCCGGGUGGCAUGA